AUGCCUUCCUCAGAAGUUCCCAAGAGCCAAUUUGACUCGAUACCAGAUACAAUUGCCGCAUUCCGCAAUGGCGAAUUCAUAGUAGUCCUCGAUGACCCCUCACGCGAGAACGAAGGCGACCUCAUCAUCUCGGCUCAAAAUGUCACCACGGAACAAAUGGCCUUUAUGGUGCGCUACUCAUCCGGCCUCAUCUGUGCACCAAUCCCCGACUCCAUGACCGAGUCCCUCGAGCUACCGCAAAUGGUCGUCCACUCGCAAGAUCCCAAGGGCACCGCAUACACUCUCAGUAUAGAUAGCGCCGACCCCACUAUCACCACCGGCAUCAGCGCAUACGAUCGCGCCCUGACGUGUAGGACCCUCGCCAGGCAGGAUGUGAAGCCAUCGGAUUUCAGGAGGCCGGGACAUGUCUUCCCUCUACGGGCAAAACACGGUGGCGUCAGAGAGAGGCCCGGCCACACCGAGGCCGGCGUUGACUUCUGCAGGCUUGCCGGCCUGCCCGAGGUUGCCGUUAUCUCGGAACUAGUGGAAGACGGACAAGAAAUAGAAGGUCAGGCCGUGCGCCACGAACCCGGGAUGAUGAGAACCGAGGGUUGCGUGCGUUUUGCCAGGAAAUGGGGCUUGAAGGUCUGCACCAUCGAGGAUCUGGUGGCGCACAUCGAGAAGACGGAGGGAAAGUUCGUAGUCAACGGCACUUCCUGA